GCUGGCCGCGUCCGCAACAGCUCGAGCGCUCUCUUUUUCGGCUUCCACACCAACCCAACCACCCGACUCUAUCGUUGAUUUUCUCUAGCAACCCAACAGAACAGACCCCAAAAUGGCGCGCAUUCGUCGAUCAGCGCGACUGGCGAGCGCGACCAAGCCUUCAGCCUCUGCCUCGACGACAAGUCUCGGGCGCGUGGCCGAGGGAGACGAGAGCCCCAGUCCCAAGGACCAGGACCCUCGGAGGAAUGACAAGAGCAGCAACCGGCCAGUGCCUUCAUCUCCUGCUCCCCAGACCCCUGCGACCUCAUCUCCUGUCAAGCCACCCAUGUCCGAGAUGCACCCUGGCAAGUUCCACAACACCAUGGCACCUCCAUCUUCGGCCCUCCACCUGGGCUUCGCCGAUAUCAAGAAGCCUUCGGACAAGGACUUCCGCUCUUCUCCCACCCCGGCGCUGGCCGGCCGGACCGCCGCGCCGGCCCCCUUUGCGACACCAUCGGCGAAAUCGGCCGUUCCGCCGUCGUCGCCCUUCACCUUCCGUGUUGCUAGUCCCACCGGAGACAGGACGGUGGCGACCAGCGGGCUUAGCGCCCGGGCGCAGCAGAUGAUGGACGAGAUCCGCGAGGACGCGAUGCGCAUCAAGGCCGACCUUGUCGCCAGGCGGGAGCAGGAGAGCCUGGAAGAGGCCGAGAACAACGGCCGCAAGAUUGCCAAGGCGAAAGGCAAGGCCGGGCGCUUCAGCUCUGUCCAUAUGGCCGAGUUCAAGAAGAUGGACUCGAUCGAGAACCACCCGGCUGCCUUGCGCGCCCAACAGCAGCAGCAGGCUGCCGCCACCGUUGCGGCCAAGUUCGGCACGCCUCUAUCCAGGGGUGUUAAGCGCACGCAGUCCAAAGCCAACCUGGCUGAUCCCGAGUCGGCGCGCUCUGCGGCCUCGGGCAUCCCCGCUCCCUCUGCCACGGCCCGUGGUGGCCCUGCCUCUGCUGCCAAGAAGCCCAACCUAUUGUUUCCCGACGCCGGCCCCUCUAGCGUCAAGCGCGUCAGGCAGAACCUGGAGGAUGAUGCCUCUAGCAAUCGUCCGGUUUCGAGGGACGCAAGCUUCAUCCCUCGCCCAACCACGGCCGGCAAGGACAGCGCGACGGCGGCGAGUGUGCCCCGAUCGCACACCAACUCGAACCUGGCAGCUCUUAUGACGCCAACCAAGGCUUCCUUGGCCAAGUCGGCCCUCCCAAAGACCCAGACUGGCGGCUCCAUGCGGCUGGCGGCAACUGGAAGCCUCAAGAAGUCUGCUACCACGAGCAACCUCGUCACAGAACAGAAGGAGGCGGCGCCCGUCCGCACGCCGGGACGGUUCGAUCGGGUCAAGUCCAUCCUUAAAGGUCACAGGUUUGGCAGCGCUGCCAAACCCAAGAGUGCACUGCCAAUGCCGUCGGCGGCUGCUGGCUUGCUGUCCAAGACGCCCUCGGCGCUGAGCCUCGACAAGCCCUUGCCUGCUGUCCCGGCGACGACUCCAUCGCGUAAACUCAUCAAGCGCGUCGUGUUCACACCGGAUGCCAAGAAGGCUACAGUUGCACUGGUGUCCCAGAACUCGCCCUCUCCCCUGAAAUCAGGAAUCCCGCGCUCCAAGACGUUUGCCAACCUGGCCGAUGUCCGUUACCCCAACCUGGACUCGGCAAAUGGCAAGGGUGUCGACGAUGGCGGUGUCACAUACCCUGAUCUGUCGGCCAGCUUGUCCAAGGACGACAACCCGGCUGCUGGUCCCUCUGAGGAAACCGUUACUGAGGACGCUAAGGGUGCGCCAGCCCCCACCGUUCCAGGUACUUUCACCUUUCGGAGCGACCACACUAUCCGGUUCGACAGUACGUCGCCGACUGGAUUUGGUGGGACGAGGGGACAGUCGAGCGUGCGCCAUGUCAGGCCCUCGAUCAUGCCUGCGCACUUGGGCCUGAUGCCUGGCAGCUUUCCGUCCUCUAUCGCCGAGUUCGGUGGGAUCGACAGUGGCAGCAGCAGCGGUAGCAGUCGCGGCAACAAGGAGAACCGCAAUCCGCAGAUUCUUCUCCCCGCGGUCAAGCAUGGCCUGGAGAACAAGAAGAGGCACCGGGCUAGCGCGGACCCCGAGGACGGGGAGGGGGAGCCUGCUGAGCGUGCGGCAAAGAAGCGACGUCACGAGCCCGCGCCUGAAGGGGAGGCGAUUCUCGCUCCACGCGCAGGAACGAGCGCGUCUUCCGGCAGUGUCUUUGCGAGCACGGCACGUAGGUCACUCUUCUCUCCCUCUAGACGCACCCCUGCGAAGCCGUCGCAGAUCCCUGGCAUCGGGACUCAGUCGCCGAGCCCGAUCAAGAGGUCAGCGAAGCUUAGCCUUAGCCGGCUGAACAUGCUCGCCCGUCCAAAGGUGCGCCGCUAGGACGAACGGCGGCCCGUACAGAGACAAGGAUCCUUGUUUUUUUGCUCGUCGACGACAUAUUGCCCAGAAAUAUUUUCACGCGAUGUCUUUCAACCGCUGGUCUCGAUUGACAUUGGCGUAUCCGGCCGUUUUCGGCCAAAACUGUUUUCAUUCUUGAAUUGUGUUUACAUCCACUUUUUUUUCUUUUUUUUUCGAGGCUCACUCCUUCUUGUAACGCCUCUACGGCGUAAGCUUCGUUGUCCUAAGACGCGAGGCUUGCGCUCAUGACUGUUUGGUUGGCGCUGGGUGUGGGUUUAUUGGGAUUUGGAUUGGCUUGCGGAGUCAUGUCUUUGAACAAGACAGAGAUGGAGCUGGUGCUUGAUGACGGCCGAGGCCGGAACCAUGUGCACGUUAUCUGGCUAUGGGCCGGGCGACGGACACGCGGAAUCAUCAUCUGUUUGGCACUGUUGGCGGAUCCAGGCCGCUCUUCCCAUGUGUGCCGACGGAUGGCAGUGGACUUCUUCGUCUGCCGCGUGUCUCUGGUUUCUUUUCUUCCGUCUCUUUUAUCCCUGCUCUCGGGGAUAAACGAUUUGUUGGCACUUACGAUUGUACAUUAGCAUCGAGAUUGGGAUUGAACCGGGCAGUGGAAAAUUGAUAAUUGUGUUGGCUCGGUGCA